CUGGUAUUUGGGCGGCUGGUGGCGGCGGGGACUGUUGGAGGGUGGGAGGAGGCAGAGGAGGAGGAGGAGAAGGAGGAGGAGGGAGAACCCCGUGCAACGUUGGGACUUGGCAGCCCGCCUCCCCCUGCCCAAGGAUAUUUAAUUUGCCUGGGGAAUCGCUACUUCCAGAGGGGAACUCGGGAGGGAAGGAGCGCGCGCCUGGAGGGCCAAGCGGGGACUCCUCCGGUCGUCUCUGCCUCCCUGCAUCGGACUCUACCAGGGGCGGCAAGGGAUGCACCAUAGCUCCUUCUCUGCUGCAAGGACUGGGGGAGACUUAGUCCUCGGAAGAUUGCGGCUGCACUCACCCUAGACCCACUGCCUUUCCCUCUGGGCAUGAAACGCCCUUAAACUCGGAUCAGGCUAUCUUCCUUUGGCGCAGCUACCUCGUCCUUCGGCUGCCCCUCCCCAGCGCCAGGAACGGCGUGAAUUUCGGAGUCAGGGUUUCUGCUUGCUUCCUCCAGCCCGGAGUGCAUGUGCGGGGCCGCACCGAGAAGCCACCCCUCACCCAGUUUUUCGACACCUCCCUCUGCUCCGCAGCAGCAUGGCGAGCCCUCCGGAUACCGAUGGCUUCUCAGACGUGCGCAAGGUGGGUUACCUGCGCAAACCCAAGAGUAUGCAUAAGCGCUUUUUCGUGCUGCGGGCGGCCAGCGAGGCCGGGGGCCCGGCGCGCCUGGAGUAUUAUGAGAACGAGAAGAAGUGGCGGCACAAGUCGAGCGCCCCCAAACGCUCGAUCCCCCUCGAGAGCUGUUUCAACAUCAACAAGCGGGCUGACUCCAAGAACAAGCACCUGGUGGCUCUCUACACCCGAGACGAACACUUUGCCAUUGCGGCGGAUAGCGAGGCUGAACAAGACAGCUGGUACCAGGCUCUUCUGCAGCUGCAUAAUCGGGCAAAGGCCCACCAUGACGGGGCUGGAGGAGGCUGCGGUGGUAGCUGCAGCGGCAGCUCUGGCGUCGGAGAGGCAGGGGAGGACUUGAGCUAUGACACGGGCCCAGGACCCGCGUUCAAGGAGGUCUGGCAGGUUAUCCUGAAACCCAAGGGCUUAGGUCAGACAAAGAACUUGAUUGGUAUCUACCGCCUCUGCCUGACCAGCAAGACCAUCAGCUUUGUGAAGCUCAACUCUGAGGCUGCCGCUGUGGUGCUGCAGCUGAUGAACAUCAGACGCUGUGGCCACUCAGAGAACUUCUUCUUCAUCGAGGUGGGGCGGUCAGCUGUGACCGGGCCCGGCGAGUUCUGGAUGCAAGUGGAUGACUCCGUGGUGGCCCAGAACAUGCAUGAGACCAUUCUAGAGGCCAUGCGGGCCAUGAGCGAUGAGUUUCGCCCGCGCAGCAAAAGCCAAUCUUCAUCCAGUUGCUCCAACCCCAUCAGUGUUCCCCUGCGCAGGCACCAUCUCAACAAUCCUCCGCCCAGCCAAGUGGGGCUGACUCGGAGAUCUCGAACUGAGAGCAUCACUGCCACCUCCCCUGCCAGUAUGGUGGGUGGGAAACCAGGUUCCUUCAGGGUGCGUGCCUCCAGCGAUGGCGAAGGCACCAUGUCCCGUCCAGCAUCAGUGGAUGGCAGUCCUGUGAGCCCUAGCACCAACAGGACCCACGCCCAUCGGCAUCGAGGCAGCUCCAGGUUGCACCCCCCACUCAACCACAGCCGCUCCAUCCCUAUGCCUUCUUCACGAUGCUCCCCUUCAGCCACCAGCCCAGUGAGCCUGUCAUCCAGUAGUACCAGUGGCCACGGCUCCACUUCAGACUGUCUCUUCCCGAGGCGCUCUAGUGCUUCCGUGUCCGGUUCUCCUAGCGAUGGCGGUUUCAUCUCUUCUGAUGAGUAUGGCUCUAGUCCCUGCGAUUUCCGAAGUUCCUUCCGCAGUGUCACCCCAGAUUCCCUGGGCCACACCCCACCAGCCAGGGGUGAGGAGGAGCUGAGCAACUAUAUCUGCAUGGGUGGCAAGGGAGCCUCCACCUUGACAGCUCCCAAUGGUCACUACAUUUUGUCUAGGGGUGGCAACGGCCAUCGCUACAUCCCAGGUGCUACCAUGGGGACAAGCCCGGCGCUGACUGGAGACGAAGCCGCUGGUGCAGCAGAUCUGGAUAACCGGUUUCGGAAGAGAACUCACUCGGCUGGCACGUCCCCCACCAUAUCCCACCAGAAGACCCCCUCGCAGUCCUCAGUGGUUUCUAUUGAGGAAUAUACAGAGAUGAUGCCCGCUGCCUACCCACCAGGAGGUGGCAGUGGAGGCCGACUGCCCGGCUACCGGCAUUCCGCCUUCGUGCCCACCCACUCCUAUCCCGAGGAGGGUCUAGAGAUGCACCACUUGGAACGUCGUGGGGGCCACCACCGUCCAGACUCCUCCAACCUCCACACCGAUGAUGGCUACAUGCCCAUGUCUCCCGGAGUGGCUCCAGUGCCCAGCAACCGCAAAGGAAAUGGGGACUAUAUGCCCAUGAGCCCCAAGAGUGUAUCUGCCCCCCAGCAGAUCAUUAACCCCAUCAGGCGCCACCCACAGAGAGUGGACCCCAAUGGCUACAUGAUGAUGUCUCCCAGUGGUAGUUGCUCUCCUGACAUUGGAGGUGGGUCUUGCAGCAGUAGCAGCAUCAGCGCAGCCCCUUCUGGGAGCAGCUAUGGGAAGCCAUGGACAAACGGAGUAGGGGGGCACCAUACCCAUGCCCUUCCCCAUGCCAAACCUCCUGUUGAGAGCGGUGGUGGUAAGCUCUUGCCUUGCACUGGUGACUACAUGAACAUGUCGCCAGUGGGAGAUUCCAACACCAGCAGCCCCUCAGAAUGCUACUAUGGCCCAGAAGAUCCCCAGCACAAGCCUGUCCUCUCCUACUACUCAUUACCAAGGUCCUUUAAGCACACCCAGCGCCCUGGGGAGCCAGAGGAGGGUGCCAGGCACCAGCAUCUUCGUCUCUCUUCAAGCUCUGGACGCCUUCGCUAUACCGCAACUGCCGAAGAUUCCUCCUCUUCCACCAGCAGCGACAGCCUGGGUGGGGGUUACUGUGGGGCUAGGCCAGAGUCUAGCGUCACACAUCCCCACCACCAUGCCUUGCAGCCCCAUCUGCCUCGAAAGGUAGACACAGCUGCACAGACCAACAGCCGCCUGGCUCGACCCACAAGGCUGUCCUUGGGGGAUCCCAAGGCAAGCACUUUACCCCGGGUACGAGAGCAACAGCAGCAGCAGCAACAGCAGCAGCAGUCUUCCCUGCACCCUCCCGAGCCCAAAAGCCCAGGAGAAUAUGUGAAUAUUGAAUUCGGGAGUGGCCAGCCAGGCUAUUUAGCUGGCCCUGCAACUUCCCGUAGCUCCCCUUCAGUUCGAUGUCUACCCCAGCUCCACCCAGCUCCCAGAGAAGAGACUGGCUCGGAAGAGUACAUGAACAUGGACUUGGGGCCAGGCCGGAGGGCAACCUGGCAGGAGAGUGGUGGAGUUGAGUUGGGCAGAGUAGGCCCUGCACCUCCAGGGGCUGCUUCCAUUUGUAGGCCAACCCGGUCGGUGCCAAAUAGCCGUGGUGAUUACAUGACCAUGCAGAUAGGUUGUCCUCGUCAAAGCUAUGUGGAUACCUCACCAGUGGCCCCAGUCAGCUAUGCUGACAUGCGGACAGGCAUUGCUGCAGAGAAGGUGAGCCUGCCCAGAACCACAGGAGCUGCCCCCCCUCCAUCCUCCACAGCCUCUGCUUCUGCUUCUGUUACACCUCAAGGGGCCGCUGAGCAGGCCGCUCACUCUUCCUUGCUGGGAGGCCCUCAGGGACCUGGGGGCAUGAGCGCAUUCACCAGGGUGAACCUAAGUCCCAACCAUAACCAGAGUGCCAAAGUGAUUCGUGCAGACACUCAAGGCUGCCGGAGGAGGCACAGCUCCGAGACCUUCUCGGCGCCUACGCGGGCUGGCAACACAGUGUCUUUUGGAGCAGGGGCUGCAGGAGGGGGCAGCGGUGGUGGCAGUGAGGAUGUGAAACGCCACAGCUCUGCAUCCUUUGAGAAUGUGUGGCUGAGACCCGGGGAUCUAGGGGGAGCAUCCAAGGAGUCGGCUCCAGGGUACGGGGCUGCCGGGGGAUUGGAGAAGAGUCUUAACUAUAUAGACUUGGAUUUGGUCAAGGAUGUUAAGCAGCACCCUCAAGACUGCCCCUCUCAACAGCAGUCCCUGCCACCCCCUCCCCCUCACCAACCCUUAGGCAGCAAUGAGGGCAGCUCCCCAAGACGCUCCAGUGAGGAUUUAAGCACCUAUGCCAGCAUCAACUUCCAGAAGCAACCAGAGGACCGUCAAUAGCUUAACUGGACGUCACAGCAGAAUGAAGACCUAAAUGACCUCAGCAAUCCUCCUUUUUAACUCAUGGGUACCCAGACUCGAACUCUUUCACGAUUCACAACCAGGACCUCACGUCUUCCUCCUCAGUAGAUGGUACGAUGCAUCCCUUACAGUUUGUUUACUUUGUACAAUCCUCAGGAGUUCAUUGACUGAACUGCACGUUCUUUAUUGUGCCAAGCAACAAGAAAGCACUGUGACACCGGAACAAUGAGUGUGCAUAAACUUCAUCUUGAACUUUAAGGACAGCUGGCCACGAAGAGCCAGUGUGCUCCCUGCCACGCCGAAAGAGGAUGGGUUUACUCUCGUCAAAUUUACAAGCAUACGGUUCCUCUACUCUGAAACCGUGUUCCAUGACACGCCGCUGUAAAUUAUUUCAUAUGGAACUGUUCGCGUUGGGUGGAGAGAGUAUUAAAUAUUUAACAUAGGUCUUGAUUUAUAUAUGUAAUUUUUUAAUGAAAAUGUAACUUUCCUCACAGCACAUUUUUUUUUUCUCUUGGAAUGUGGAACUGAGGUAUUCAAUGUUUUGUUUUAAAGAGUGGGAAGAAUACUUAAAACAAGGCUAAAAAGAGUAGACUAGGAGAUGAUCCUUGUUUUAAGAUUCUAAUUCAGAAAAAUAAUAUAAUAUGAAUCAUAGUGCCAUAGAAGGUUCUGGACUGUAUAGUUGUACUUGCUGAUGCUGUCUCUUGUAAUAUAAACUUGAUGUCGAGCUGAGUUCCUUUUAAGAAUUAAGCUUAGUUUUGUAAUUUUUUUUUUUUCCAAACCGAAGGAGGAUGUAUUCUACUGGGGUGUUUUCAAGUGUCGGCUUAGAAUUGGAAGUUGAAUGGAAGCAAAGUUCAACAAAGAGAGGAAGCCACAGACUUCCAUUGUAAAUACUGUAGAGAGAGACAUGAGCGAUCCCUUCAAGUCAAAAAUCUCUCUUUGGAAUGAAGAAUGUGGGUGUUUAUAAAUUCUGAAAAUGUCUUUCUGUUCAUAAUAAACUAGACACUGUUGGUCCCUCCCCACCCCCACUUCUAUAAGCCUUUCCCCC